AUAAUGUCAAAAUUGUAUGUAUUUUUUUUGUUCAGUCUGAUUCUAGGACCCCUGAUCACAAACGCGCAAUGGGGGGGAGCGGUAUGUAUCGACUGCCGGCAGGAGAACGAUGAAAAGUGUGUGAUUGAGGCCGCUCCUGGAUGGAGCUGUGGCACAGAGUUGGCAGGCAGUCACAGAAAAAUAAGAGCAGCACCCAUGUCUCCAACUACUCAUGAUAUGGACGUAUGUGUACCAGAAGGUCUUGAUGUUCAAGACGACAGAGCUGGUCAGUUGGUGAUUUGUUGCUUUUGGUCCCCGAAACUGGGCUGCCAGGUGGUGGUGCCGAAAUCGGGCUACGUCCCCAUGGAGUGUUCCGAGUGCCAGAACGAAAGGGUCAACAACUAUGUAAACCUCACAGCUUGUCCCUGUGUAGAUAAGAGGUCCGAAGGAGGUGGUCGGUUUAAUUAUGGAUCCAAGUCCAUUCCGAGCAGUUCAUGGCCUAUUUUAAUUGGCCUUUGUCAUAUAAUUUUUCUAAAAACGUUUUAGAAUUCUUCCGGGC